AUGGGUCAGCACUGGCGCAGGCCGGGGAGGCGGCGCGGGGACCAGGAGGCCGCUACGGCCACGCCCUGCCCUCCGGCCUGCGUGUGCGUCGGGGAGACGCGGCACAGCGCUUGCGACGGCCACGGCCUGCGGGCUGUGCCCCGCGGCUUUCCCAACGACACCCAACUCCUGGACCUGAGGCGCAACCACUUCCCUUCGGUGCCCCGCGCCGCCUUCCCCGGCCUGCGCCAGCUGGUGUCGCUGCACCUGCAGCACUGCGGCAUCGCGGAGCUGGAGCCCGGCGCUUUGGCGGGCCUGGAGCGCCUGGUCUACCUCUACCUCUCAGACAACCAGCUCUCAGGCCUGAGCGCCGCAGCCCUCGAAGGGGCCCCCCACCUCGCCUACCUGUACCUGGAGCACAACCGCUUCCUGAGGGUCCCGGGGGCUGCUCUGCGCGCCCUACCCAGCCUAUUCGCGCUACACCUCCAGGACAACGCGGUGGACCGCCUGGCGCCUGGGGACCUGGCAGGAGCGCGGGCUUUGCGUUGCCUUUACCUGAGUGGAAAUCACAUCACCCAGGUUUCACCUGGGGCGCUGGGUCCAGCUCGGGAGCUGGAGAAGCUGCAUCUUGACAGGAAUCAGCUGCGAGAGGUGCCCACAGGCGCCCUGGAGGGGCUGCCGGCACUCACAGAGCUGCAGCUCUCGGGGAACCCAUUCAGGGCUCUGCAAGAUGGGGCUUUUCAGCCUGUGGGACGGUCGCUGCGGCAGCUCUUCCUGAACAGCAGUGGCCUGGAGCAGAUUUCUCCCAGGGCCUUCUCGGGCCUGGGAACAGGGCUCCGGAACCUGUACCUGCAGAAGAACCAACUUCAGUCCCUGCCUGCACUGCCAUGGCUCAGCGGGCUGGAGCUCAUCGACCUCAGUGGCAAUCCCUUCCAUUGUGACUGCCAACUGCUCCCGCUCUACAGGUGGCUCACUGGGCUGAACCUGCGGGUAGGGGCCACCUGUGCCACCCCUCCCAAUGUCCGUGGCCAGAAGGUGAAAGCUACAGCUACUGUCUUUGAAGUUUGUCCAGGCUGGACUGCCAGGAAGGCCAAGAGGACACCAGCCUCCAGGUUCAGCGCCAGGAGAAGCCCUAGCAACAGAAGACAUCAAUGAACAGACAAGGUGGGCCCUUAGGUGGGAGGGAGGUCUGGGUCCCAAGCUGCUGGGAAGCCAGAGCCCUGAUUUUUCUUGGUCCUGAAUUGUGACUCCUGAACUGGGCGGUGAUGAUGCAGUCAUGUCCCUCUCCUCACUGGACACCACAUAUUUAUCCCAGUCCUGUUUUACUGGUCUCUGUUGACUCCACCCUUUGCUAUCCUGACCUCAGUCCCGGCAGGAAAAUGGAAGCUCAGGUGUGUUGGCUCUGCCUCCCACCACCUGUCAGUCACAGGUUGAGAUGCCCUUGAAUGUUGGGGGCCAUGUGAGGGGAGCAACAGGCAAAGCCCUGAGGACUACAUGUCCUGAGGACCUCAUGUUAUGGAGCACAGAUGAGUGCACCUUCUGUCUACCACAUCCCUGUCUAUGGGCUGUACAAAAACUCUCAGGGGUCUCUAGCCCCCCACUGGACAGUGGUACUGGUACUUACAAUAAUAGGGACUGACUUUUCCCAAGCAUUGCUGCUGGGCCAGAUUAGUGAUUCAACCACCACCUUUAGAAAGAACUUAGACAUAUAGAAUUGUUAAUAAGAUUUGGUUAAGAUGUUUUUGUUUAUAUGUUACAUGUGUAAUUUUUCAUAUAUUUGUUAUGCCUCAAUAAAGUAUUAAAUGUUAAAAGAAAGAUGUUUUUGCUAAUAGCUUUGAGGUGAAAAACUUGCGUUAACUGAAGUUUAGAAAGGCAGAGUUGAGUGAGGGACUCGUUAAUGUCAGGGAAGAACAAGGCAGUUCAGUUAUUAGCUGGCGUGCUUUUCUUGUUAGGAUGGGUUGGUGAUCAAAGAUGACCAUCCAUCCCUUGUGCCCAUUUGUCUUCAGCUUCCUGAUAUAAAAAACUGUUGAUGAGUAGGUAUGCACUCUGUGGAUUUAAAGUUUUUAAAAUUGUUUUUCAUAUAUAAAAGUUUAGAUUUGUGAUUCAAGACUUUUAUAGUCUUAAAUAAACAAUGAUUGGUCCUUUCUUUGUAACCACGAAAUACAGCCUGCCAGUAAAAGAACUGGCUAAGAAAAAUACCUUGCUUGCCCACACUCUGUUAACCUAUAACAAGCUGCUUGGACAUUGGACAUGAAUGUAUGCGGGUUCUUGGGGCAACUAAUUUUUCACUUCUGAUGUGUAAAAUGUUUAGUCAUGUAGGGAUAUGGAAAACAUGGUUUUUACUUGUAGUCACUGUAACCACUCACUUAAAAUCUUUAUACAUCUUGAUUUUGCUGGGGUAUAUAAGCUGUAAGGAGAGAAAAUAAGAAGAGAGAAGGAAAACACUAGGGAAGAUGCAGAAGGAAGUCCUCAGGAAAGAGGAAGGAAAACAUCAGGGCACGAAGGGAACACAAAAGACGAGAGCAGAACAAGGACAAGAAGAACAAAGCCGCUCUCAGCCCUCAGGAGUCUGUUUUC